AUCAUGACCUCCUUUGCAGACCGCAGACACAAAAAGCUUGUUCUAUUUGAUGUGGACGGGACAUUAACUCCAGCUAGACGCUCCGCGUCGCCGGAAAUGAUCAAUCUCCUUCGUGAGCUUCGCAAGCAGGUUGUGAUCGGAUUCGUAGGUGGGUCCGAUCUCAACAAGAUCCAGGAGCAACUUGGUGUUUCAGGAAACAAUGUUUACGAUGAUUUUGACUUUGCCUUCGCCGAGAAUGGUUUGACUGCAUACAGGUUGGGAAAGAAACUCGAAUCACAGUCAUUUAUCAAAUUCAUCGGCGAAGAGAAAUACAAGACACUCGUCAAUUUCGUUCUACAUUAUCUUGCUGACAUGGAUAUCCCAAUCAAACGUGGCACUUUUGUCGAGUUCCGUAAUGGUAUGAUCAACGUAAGCCCGAUUGGGCGAAAUGCUACCGUUGAAGAACGAAACGAGUUUGAGGCCUACGACAAGGAACACAAACUACGUGCUGCCUUCGUAGAUGUGCUGCGCGAGAAGUUCACUGAUUAUGGUUUGACUUUUUCAAUCGGCGGACAAAUAUCCUUUGAUGUAUUCCCGCGGGGAUGGGACAAAACUUACUGUCUGGAACGUAUAACUGAUGAAGGGUUUGAGGAAGUUCACUUUUUUGGUGACAAGACAUACCCAGGAGGAAAUGACUAUGAGAUAUUUACGGACUCAAGGACUAUUGGACAUUCUGUCUCGAGCCCGGAAGACACCGCACGUGUUCUGAAGGAGCUCUUCUUGCAGGGCUAGAAGAGGCUCAAGAAGGCAGUUUAGUUGUGCUCAUAUCAUUCAGACAAGAGCUAGAUGCAAGAUUUGUAGAGCAUAAUAGCGGUGUACCUGAGGCAGGUUCUCGCGAAAGGCUUUCCUUUUUGAAUUUAUGGUCAAUCCAC